AUGAGAUGUGUAUAUAAGAGAGUGAUUCCGGAUCAGAAAAUUUCAAGAUUAGUACAAGAUCAUCUGAGUCACAUCACAUACACACACAAACACACAAGUUUUCAUCAACACAUUCAGCUAUUCAAUAUGAACCCCUUCAAGAGCAACCACGCCCAGCCCGCUGGCCAGCCCAAGCAGGACCCCGUCGAUAAGGCUUUCGACUUUGCUACCAAGAAGGCUGGCCAUGAUAUGCCCCGCAGCACGGAUGAGAAGAUCACCGAUGCCGGCCGCAACAUGUACGAGAAGGUCACCGGGUAA